AUGUCGUUGACUAUGGCGCGCCUCCAAGAGGAGCGGUAGGCAAGAGCAUGAUCAUGACAGGAUAAGAGCAGAGUCUGACAUGGCUACAGCAAACAAUGGCGUCAAAACCACCCCUUCGGCUUCGUCGCAAGGCCGAUGAAGACCCCCCAGGGCGCGCUCGACCUCAAACGCUGGGACUGCGCGAUACCAGGCAAGGACAAGACGAUAUGGGAGGGCGGUCUCUUCAAAUUGGAGGUGCAAUUCCCGGACGGUGAGCAGGAUGAUGUGAAUCAGACUACAUGCGACAAGGCUAAGGAAGCGACAGAGUAUCCGACAAAGCCUCCAAAGUGUAAGGCAUUCCCAUCCUCCUGGCUUUCCGUCGUGAUACUGACGGCGUCUAGGCAAAUUCACACCUCCUCUCUUCCACCCAAACGUCUAUCCUUCCGGCACCGUCUGUCUCAGCAUCCUGAACGAGGAGGAAGGUUGGAAGCCCGCCAUCACGAUCAAAGAGAUCCUGCUCGGCAUUCAAAUGCUUCUCGAUGAGGUCAAUCCCGAAUCGCCAGCUCAAGCCGACGCGUAUAACCUGUAUAAGAAGGACCGCGUUGCGUAUGAAAAGAAGAUUCGGCAGGUUGUCAAGGACAAUCCCGCGCCGUAG